AUGUCCGGAUAUGGGAUUGCGUCUUCCAGUGCUGUAUAUAACACCACCACAGCUCCGACCAUUGUUCCAACUACUGCUUCUCCUGUCCCAGCAGCUUCAUCAAGCGAAGUUUCCUCAUCUGCCGGCGAGCAGACUUGCGACAGUCCUGAUAUUAUCGGCUGCCAAACAUCAUCUGGCUCUUCUGCUUCUGAAGUCCCGGCAGAUAGUGUGGGCGUCUACGAUUUCAUCAUCGUAGGGGGCGGCACCGCUGGUUUAGUGAUCGCAAAUCGAUUAUCAGAGAACACAGACACGUCAGUCGCUGUCAUUGAGGCUGGCGAUCUGGUAUUCGACAACAAGAAUGUGUCCGAUGUAGAUGGCUAUGGCUUGUCUUUUGGAACGGCAAUUGACUGGCAAUACGAGAGCGUACCUCAAGCAUAUGCCGAAAACAAAAGCCAGACAAUGAGAGCUGGCAAGGCUCUCGGUGGGACCAGCACAAUCAAUGGCAUGGCUUACUUGAGAGCUCAAGCAGCUCAGAUCGACGCUUGGGAGCAUCUCGGCAAUGACGGCUGGAAUUGGGAGAGCCUACUGCCUUACUAUAAGCAAAGCGAACACUUUCAGAUUCCUACUGAAGAACAGUGUUCAGCUGGUGUCAAUUACGACAUUAGAGUUCAUGGAACGACUGGCUACCUCAGGACCGGAUGGAACACUGGUCUUCUUGGUGAGGACGUCACUUCGCUCGUAAACGCCACAUACACUUCUACUGGAUUGCCAUACAUCCCAGAACCUAACGGUGGUUCCAUGCGUGGCUUCACUCGCUAUCCCGCGACCGUAGACCGCGAGCUUAACGUUCGUGAAGACGCUGGCCGUGCUUACUACCUGCCUAUCCAAAACAGAACCAAUCUGGACCUCUACACAAACUCUUUUGUACAGCGCAUGACCUGGGAUGGAUCUUCGACGAACUCAACCCCUCGUGUCGACGGAGUACAAUUUACCGAUGCUUCUGGAAAGCAAAAGACUCUUAGUGCUAAAAAAGAGGUCAUUCUUUCGGCUGGUGCAUUGAGAUCACCUCUCAUCUUGGAAUUGUCGGGCAUCGGCAACUCUGCUAUUCUAGAACAACAUGGCAUUGACGUCAAAGUUGACCUACCAACUGUGGGAGAGAAUCUCCAAGACCAGACCACGGGUGCUGGUGCAUACAGCUCCAACAAGAGCUUCUCAGGCACAGCCGACUACGUCGGCUACUUCAGCGUCGCGGACAUCUUUGGCAACGACACUUACGACUUCAACUGCACAAUCAGGGACAACAUACUCCAAUAUGCUACAUCUGUCGUAGAAGCCUCCAAUGGUGUGCUCGACCAGAAAGUCAUGGAGAAGUUGUUCAUGAUCCACUAUGAUCUCAUCUUCAACCAACAGAUCCCUAUUUCCGAGAUCCUGCUCUCUCCUGGAGAUGGCAGGAUGGAUUUCUCGUACUGGGGUCUGCUUCCUUUCUCUCGUGGUAAUAUUCACAUCCAGUCCAAUGACUCUACCACUCCUGCUGCUAUCAACCCCAACUACUUCCAGCUCGACUAUGACUUGAAGCAGCAGAUUGGCACUGCCAAGGCAGUGAGAAAGUUGGCUGGUUCUGAUGCUCUUUGUGAGGUCGUUACUGGAGAACUCAGCCCUGGUCUCCAAAGUGUGCCCCUUGAUGCUUCUAACGAAGUCUGGGCCAAGGCCCUGAAAGAAGGCUAUCGUUCGAACUACCACUACAUCUCCACAGCAGCCAUGAUGGCUCAAGACCUCGGCGGUGUAGUCGAUACCAAUCUCUCAGUAUAUGGCGUUGACAACGUGCGCGUUGUCGAUGCCUCAGUCAUUCCUUUCCAGGUCUGCGGUCAUCUGACUGCCACCAUCUAUGCGAUUGCAGAGAGAGCUGCUGAUGCUAUCAAGCAGCGUUACUACUGA